AUGUUAAUUAAUUCAAUAUUUAGAAAAAACUUGAAACUACGUCACCAUGGUGCAAUUUUUACAACAAUAGCUCUAACAGCAACACCAGGAUUUAUUGCAUCUAUGAAUCAUAACUAUCUUAUCACAAAUCCCAUACUGUUAUACGAGAAUAACUGUUCAACGUGUCUGUACUCCACAGCAAGUGUUUCAGUAAACCUUUGCGGUGUAUUAUUCCCUCUAAUUACAUCACCAACAAUAAACCUUGCAAUUGCUUCAACUCUGGGAUAUAGAGUUCCUUAUAUAUACGAAGUAAGAGAAAUUUGCAAAUUUUGGUGGAGUGCUGUUAAACCUAAGUCUAAUUUUCUAUUGCUUUCGUUAGUUGCCAAUGCAAUAAUGAUUAAUAUAAUAGUCUACAAACAAAUGCAGUCAAUGGAUAGAGUAACCGAUAUUAUAUUGAAGAUUGAACAAGCAAUUAAUGAUGGACUUAUAUCUCUAGAAACUAUUACUCAAUAA